AGCCGUUGUUUGCUGCUUGAACAUUUUACGGAUAAGAAUAGUGAAAGCACAAAUAUUUAUAUUUAAAUAAAAUAGUAUUAAAAGUUGACAAUUAUUGUCAUUAUAUAAAAAAGCGCAUAAAUUUGCAAAAAAUAGACAUUUUUUAAUCUAAUCAAUAUUGAUGUUUUUUAAUGGAUAUUUUUCCUGAAGUGCUGUACGUAAAAAGUUCAUGGCUGUCAUAAUUAGAAAUAGUUUAAUUUUAUGUGUAUUUUUGCUGUAUUAUCAAAAAGCUGUAGUAUCAGUUCAUUGGAUACCUAAAAUUAAUGAUGUAGUUCAUAAUGUGCACAUUGGACAUCACAGUAGUCUUGUGGGACAAUCAAAUAUGCAAAAUAUUCAGUUUAAGGUUAUCUUUGACAACAGUGUUGACAACCUUAAACCUGCAAAACAAAUACUUGUUAAGAAUCGUUUGAUUCCGGCAGCUAUUAAAUACUUUCAUGAAACUUACUAUGUCAGUAAACAUACCGAACCCAUUCAACUUCAAAGAAUGUGCAAAGCUAGUUCCUUUUAUCUAAAAGAUAACGAAGGGAUUGAAUCUGGACAUGUGCAAUACUGCAAAUUAGCCUGUGAAAAAACACUUUGCGGUCCAGUUAUAGUUCCCGAGCGAUUUUUAGACCAUUGCAGAACUUGUGAUGAACACGGCAAUAAUUGUAAAAAAAAUGUUAACGUUCAUUUAGAUCCAGAUAAACUUGCAAAUUUUGUACUUUUCGUAUCCUCAAUGCAAACAGAUCAUUGCAACGAAGCCAAUAUUGUUGCUUAUGCAUCAUAUUGUCAGCAAGAGCACGCCUUAAAUCGACCGGUAGCCGGGUUUGCGAAUAUUUGUCCUGAAAAACUGUUAACUGAUCCUCAAUCGUUUGAAAGUCUAUUAUCCACAGUAAAGCAUGAAAUUUACCACGCGUUGGGGUUUAGUGUUGGAUUGUAUGCAUUUUACCGAGAUAAAAACGGUUUACCUUUAACUCCUAGACUAGAAAAUGGCAUGCCUGAAUACAAUAAUGCCAAAAGUCUUUACCAAUGGAGUGACAAAGUUUUAAAAAAAGUUAUCAGAAAAGAUUGGAGUAUUUCUGGUGGUUACAUAAAGCAUGAAAUUCAAAUGAUUGUCACUCCCACAGUGCAAAAAGAAGUUAGACGUCAUUUUAAUUGCGAAGACUUGGAGGGAGCUGAACUUGAAAAUCAAGGUGGCGAAGGCACAUCGCUAACUCAUUGGGAGAAAAGAGUUUUUGAAAACGAAGCUAUGACUGGUACUUAUACCCAACAUCCAGUAUUUUCAAGAAUAACACUUGCAUUAAUGGAAGACACUGGUUGGUAUAAAGCUAAUUACGCAAUGGCAGAAGAUUUGGAUUGGGGAAAAAAUUUAGGAUGUUUUUUUGUAAAAAAUAAUUGCCGAGCAUGGAUUGCAAGCCGCAUUGAAAACAAAGAGUCAACAUCACCUUAUUGUGCAACAUUAAAACAAUCACCUCUACACAUGCGAUGCACACAUACAAAGCUUUCUUUAGCCUUGUGUAAUUUAGUUAAAUACACUUCUGAAUUACCGAAAGAAUUUCAAUACUUUGAUAGACUUGGUCAAAUACCUGUAAAAGAUAUUCAUACCUAUGGAGGGGCGGUUGAAUUAGCAGAUUUUUGUCCAUUCUACCAAAAGUUUACUCUGACCGAAGAAGAUGGUCGAAAAAGAGGUACUACAUGUACAGUAAAAGAAAACUCGCCAGCUAAAAACAAAAAUUAUGCUCUAGAAUCUUAUAGUAGCGAGGCAAAAUGUGUUGAGCAUGGAAGACACUGGAUAGCAAAAAAAGAUCUGUUAACUAGGACCAUGCUCGAUUGGGGAUCAGGUUGCUAUGAAUUCGACUGUACAAUGCAUGGGUUAUUUUUAACUGUUGGAAACAAAAGAUUUUUAUGCGACCAACCAAGCAAAAAAAUAGAAGUUAUUGAUAAUAUGAACGGAUGGAUUAUAAAUGGAUCUUUAGUAUGCCCUUCGUGUCAUGAUUUUUGCAGCAAUAAAAGAUUUUGCUCUGACUCCCCAAAAAAGUUAAUUAGUCAAACUUUUACAAGCGAAGAAAAAACUGUUGCUUUAUCAGUUGGAAUUAACUCGGCAACGUCUUUAUCAAACCAUUUACUUUUAAAUUUUUACAAACUUUUAUGCUUUCAUUUUAUACUAAACCUUUUUUUAUAGAUAAUUUUAUUUAAAUAGAAAGUGUGUGU